AUCCCCGAUAUUUUCUCUAAAAUUCCAAUGGAUUGACCUCACUAUGUCGUGUAUCUGAAUUCUGAAAUACCAUCGGAGGAGUAACGGAGCAAGUAAUGGCUUUGCUGGGGGACGACGGACGGGGCUACGAGCUUGCGAGAAAGCUGGAAGGAUGCGGCGUCUGGCGAUCGUGGCUCGGCGAGUCGAAUUACUCGAACUUCGCUCCUUUCCUCUCUUCCCCAUCGGCAUGGGAGGCCUUCAUGAGGACCGACGAUUCCAAAACUAGGGCUCAGAUCCAACUCCAGCUCAGAGCCCGAGCUCUCCUUUUCGACAAGGCCAGCAUCUCUCUCUUCCUCCGCUCUCACUCCUCUUCAUCGUCGUCUUCGUUAACAUCUUCUUUUUCUUCUUCCUCUUCCUCGGUCGCAGCUUCUGCUCCUUCGAGGGUUAAUCCUACCUAUUUGCAGUUACAUUCGGAUGACGUGUACUUCUCCUUAGAAGAUGAUUCACAAGACCCCGGGGUCCAGCAACAGGAAGGCUCUGCUCCAAUUAAUUCCAUACAUUCUAAGGGAGCUAGGCAUGAUGACUUGCCAGAAUCAUGGUAUAAGCAAUUUGCUGAGAAGUUCAGAGCCAGCAGGCAACUUAGACUAUCAUUUGGAGAUCGAAAGUUACCACUUGGUGAACGGGAAGCACAUAAGCGAACACCUGAGGAGAUGUCUACUUAUCUUAUGCUUAUUGAGAAGCAUAAGAGAAGGAGACAAGCAUUUAAGGAGGAUCGACACAUGGGUUUUGGAAAUUCCAUUUGGGAGAAUGGGUCAAACAUGCGCCUUUCUGUCUCAGAUGGAAAUGACUCAGUUGAUGAUGAAACAUCUUUACUUCCUGAAGUUUUGUUCCCAUCAAAUUGUGUACCUGAUAGUGCACUCCCUCCUGCAACUAGGGUGGAGGAUAACCAGAAAGUGGAGUUUUAUGGGGUUCUUGAUAGCUUACCUCAUGUUAUGACUCGGAGUCCUGCAAUGAUUGAAAGGUUUGGCAUAAGGCCAGAGUACCUCAAAAUGGGACUUGGGAGAAGUAAAUACAGGGGAAAGAAUGGCCUUGAUGAGAACAAGAAACCUCUGGGUCAGGAUCAAGUAUCUCGGAUGUGUCAAAGGGUGAUUGCUCGCAUGCUGGAAAAUGUGGGGUUUGAAGGUGUAACAGAAGUUCCAAUGGAAGUCUUAUCGCAAUGCCUCAGCUGUCAUAUCUCUAAACUUGGACGCAUCUUGAAAGUCCUCACUGAUAAUUACAGGAAGCAGUGUUCAGCCAUGGAAAUUCUCAAAAUGUUCCUUCAAACAGUUGGAUAUAACAAUCUGGGUACGUUGGUGGAUCAUGUGAAAGAUGGUACAAGGACUUUAUCACACCAAGCACAGCAGCAUGCAAGGGGACUCCAGCCACAGCCAGGAUUCCAGUCACAACAUCAAAAUUCUAUGCUACAAUCACAGCAAAUUCCAAGACAGAUGCAUCCACAGAUGCAGAUGGUGCAUAACCAGAAUCUGGCUUUUCAACAGCAACAGCAGUGGGAGAGAAUGCGAAGGCGCCAACCAUCCACUCCUCGGUCUGGUACGACUAUGGAGAAAGAAAGAUCCAUGGUGGAAGUCAAGAUUGAAAGCCAAACUGAAUCACCAAUUGAUGGUAAUGCCUUCACUGGUGUAAAUCAUAGACAUCCUCAAAUGCAGUUUAGGCAGCAGCAAAUGGCUGCGUUUGCAAACCUCCACAAUCAAUCCAGCAAUCAGUUUAAACAGUUGUCAUCCCUACAAAUUCCUCAGCUCCAAACACAGAAUAUGGCAACCAUAAGGGCGCCGCCAGUGAAAGUAGAGGGCUUUCAGGAAUUAAUGGGCGGGGAUGCAGCAUUAAAGCAUGAUUCUGAAGAACACAAACUAACGUCCCCUCCCAAGUAGGUAGCAUACACAAUAUGUAUUUCAACAGAUUAAUUGUUCAGAUUGUGGAAUAUUGCUCAAUCAUUUUAUGCUUUAACUCUUCAGAAAAAAAAUGAGGAUGUAUAGAGAGCAGAAUAGCUAGAUUAGAACAAUCUCUGUACCAAUGAAAGAAUGUUUACUUGGAAUGCUGUCCAACUUAAGUAAUCACUUCGUCCAA